UCAUCUCUCCUCUGUGAGUCUCUCCUCUACCUCCUCCUCCUCCUCCUCUCUGUUUCAGCAGUAGAGAACCACUGAACAGCGGAGGCAGCAGCACCUCUAUCACUCAGCUCGGCAACAACUCGCACCAAAGUGAGGACCCCUGUUUUUCUUUCUUUUACCUCUCCCUUUUAAAUGACAUCCUCCUUUUAAUAUUUUUUCUUCCAAUUCAAUGUUUUCUGUCAUUUCUUCUGUACUUUUCAAUCCUUUUUUUUUUUUUUUCCUAUAUUGAUCUAUCUCGGAGUGCAGCAGUAUGAGGGUACCAUGCAUCCCAAAUAGGGUUUCUGUCCUUGCUCCAACUAGAGCAUGUAGCCAUAUGCUUUUUUUCCCCCAUCUCAUUGGAAAUAACUAGGCCAGUCUUGUGGCUUUUAUACGGCACGUCAACUUCUGAUUCCUGAUGUGCAUGGAUCUGAACGGAUAUUUCAAGGUAUGACUUUUUUUUUUUCUUUUUUUUUUAAAGAUAAUUUUAAAUCAUGCAAAUCCUUCGUGCGGUGACAGACUGUUGGAACAUGAGGACUGACAUCCAGCAGCUCAUUUCUGGGUUUAUAAUGAGGAUGUCAUGCAAAAAGGACUAAAGAAAUGCAGGUGUAAUUGUUAUUCUGUGAGACAGAUCAUUUAUUUUUUACAAAUCAAGUAUUUUGAAGCUGCAGGAUGUUAUUGGAUGUUAUUUUGGGCUCCUGAAAGCUUUUUUCUUCAUCAUUUUUUGUCAGAGUGGAACAAAGUCUCUGCAUCAAAUGCAAAGACAGUUAAAAACACCAGGAUCAUAAUGUCAGUCAUUUAACCAGGAUGGACUUCUCAGUUAUAUCCACUCCUAUCAUGGCCACAUUUCCGGCUACUUUACCACCAAACUCUUCUUUGGAGAAUGUCAGCCAAACAUCUUCUUCCUUGUCGAGGUCCCCUCCUCUGGCUCCUCACUCGCAGGUGGCCUCAGUGUUCAUCGUGCUGGUGGUCACAGUCAUCAUUUUGGGGACUGUGGUGGGAAAUGUGUUGGUUGUGGUGGCGGUUUUCACCAGCCGAGCCCUGAGGGCACCUCAGAAUCUCUUCCUGGUGUCUCUGGCUUCAGCUGAUAUCCUGGUGGCAACACUGGUCAUCCCCUUCUCCCUGGCCAAUGAGGUCAUGGGCUACUGGUAUUUCGGUUCCACCUGGUGUUCCUUCUAUCUGGCUCUUGACGUCCUGUUUUGCACUUCCUCCAUUGUCCAUCUCUGUGCCAUCAGCCUCGACCGAUACUGGUCCGUCACUAAGGCAGUAAGCUACAACCGCAAGCGGACGCCUAAACGGAUUAAAGUGAUGAUCAGCAUCGUUUGGCUUAUAUCGAUCAUCAUCUCCUCUCCACCGCUUCUUAUGUCCCAGACAGAGAAUGAUUUGGAGAUGGACGACGAGGAGAAUGUACACAGACAGGAGUGUCUCAUCAACAACCAGACGUGGUAUAUCCUCUCCUCCUGCCUGGUGUCUUUCUUUGCUCCUGGAGUCAUCAUGAUCCUUGUUUACUGUAAGAUCUACCGUGUUGCAAAGCAGCGAGCCUCCACUGUGUUUGUGGCGAAGAACGUGUUGGAGCGGCAGCCAUCGCAGUCUGAGACGUGCUUCGUGGGCACUCCCAUGACUUGUCAAAGGAAGGGCAAAGUUCCUUAUGAGCUGGACAGCCCGCGGCCUGCUAACCGAUGCAGCUCUUCCAACAUAGACAGCAACAGCAGCACUCACAGGAGGGAAGAGUUGGAUGACAUCGACCUCGAGGAGAAGAACUGCGAAGCUGACAUGAAACUAUCCUCCAAAUUUUCCUCAUCCCUCCGCCUUCCGCGGAGGGCUGUUGGGAGGGUGAAAACAGAGGAGGGAAGGGACGGUGAGGGAACAGCAAACAGACUGAAACCUCCUCCUCCUCCCCCAUCCUGCGCCUCCAUAUCAUGGGCAUCAUCCGAUCAGUGUUCCAAUCACUACCUCCUCCCCUCUCCUCUGCCUCUCCGCAGCAGGCAGAUGUCUCUGUCCAAAAACAAAGUGGCACAAAUGCGGGAGAAGCGCUUCACGUUCGUUCUGGCUGUGGUGAUGGGAGUUUUCGUCUUGUGCUGGUUCCCUUUCUUUUUCACUUACAGCCUCCAUGCUAUCUGCAGGGAGAACUGCACCAUCCCUGACACACUCUUCAACCUGUUUUUCUGGAUCGGAUACUGCAACAGCUGUCUGAACCCCAUCAUAUACACCAUUUUUAACCGAGACUUCAGGAGGGCCUUCAAGAGGAUUUUAUUCCACACUCAAAAACAAACAUAAGCUGAGAAUGUAUGAUGUUUGUGAGUGGCUUUCAGCUUGCUCACACAUACACAAAAACACACAAAUGUGCACACAGUUUCAAUCCUGUUUUCCACUGUGCUGUCAUAUCGACA